CCAUGACGUUUUUCUGCGGUGGUGCAUGAGGAUUUUCCCUUUUUCCCUUUUGCAACCGUGUGCGACUAUGUGGUACUCCCCCGUUGCAUGCAAUUGAUAUUCUUCAUUGGCUGCCUGUUUGCGUUGUGAAGAACAUACGAAGAUAAAUACGAUGUCGUUCCAUCCUGGUCGCGGAUGCCCCAGAGGAAGAAUCCCACCAGGGCAGCAUGGAGCACCCCCCAAUUACCGCCCCUCAAACCAGAGACAGCCCCCUCCACAGCCGCCCAUGCCCCCGUACCACUACGAGCCCCCGUCUGCUCCGUGUCCCGGCUACUCCGGCCAGGGGAACAGCUACAUGCCCCCCCGCCCCGACUUCAUGCGCUACCCUCUCCCCGUGCCCUCCCAGGGCCCGAGCCCCCUCAGCCAGUGCCCCAUCCGGCCCCCCUUCCCCAGCCCCCCCAUCCGACAGGGGUUCCCAGACCCCCCCAAUUUCCCCCCUCCACCCCUCCCCAACUCCUCCGGCAGCUCCCUGUCCGGCCCCCCGCCCCCCUCCCCGAACGCCUACCAUUACAUGAUGCCCAACAUCCCCCCUCCGCCCCUGCCCCACCCGGCCGUCCCGCCCUCCAUGCCCCAGCCGAUGAGCUACCAGCCCCCGUACUCCAUGGGCUACGCCCAGCCCUCGUUCCCCCCGCCGGGGUUUGGCCCCGCCUACGCGGCGGGCUCCGGCUCGGCCUCCUUUAAGGCCGACCCCUUCCGGCACGGCGGUCCCUACAAGGCGGAGAAGCCGCCCGGAGACCGGCGCUCCCCGGAGAGGGGCCGGAGACACGAGGAGCCCCGGCACGCCGGUCGCUACGGCUACGGCGGCCACGGCGACCGGCACAAGAUGGACUACCCGCCCGAGCGCAAGGACAGGGGGAGGAGCCUGGACCGGCGCAGGCCGGAGGGGGGGCGGCACAGGACCCCCCCGCGGCACAGGAGCCGCGAACGCAGCCGGGAGAGACAUCGACACAGAGACAGCCGGAGAUCUCCCUCCUCAGACAGGCAGCACAGGAAGAGGCCCAGGAGUCGCUCCAGCAGCCGGGACAGGAAGCGGCCCCGCUGGGAGGAGGAGCGGGAGCGCCGGUCCGAGGGCCCGGGAGCGGGCCGCGGGAGGAGCCACGCCUCCUCAAAGAGCCGCGACGCGGAGGGGCCGUCGGCCGACCGCCCCGAGGAGGAGCGGGAGGAGGAGGAGCUCCUGAAGCCCGCCUGGAUCCGCUGCACGCACGCCGAGAGCUACUACUCCAACGACCCCAUGGACCAAGUGGGAGACUCCACGGUGGUGGGGACCAGUAAGCUGAGAAACCUGUACGAGCGGUUUGAGGAGGAGCUGGGCAGGAGGCAGGAGAGGGCCAAAUCCACCCGGCCCGAGUGGGAGCCGCCCAAGACCAAACUGGACGAAGACCUGGACGAGAGCUCCAGUGAAUCUGACUGUGAGUCAGACGGGGGCAGCAGCUGCUCCAGCAGUUCGGACUCGGAGGUGUUUGACGUCAUCGCCGAGAUCAAGAGGAAGAAGGCGCACCCCGACCGGCUCCACGAGGAGCUGUGGUACAACGACCCCGGCCAGAUGAACGACGGUCCUCUGUGUAAGUGCAGUGCGAAGGCUCGCCGUACUGGGAUUCGCCACAGCAUCUACCCCGGCGAAGAGCCCGUGAAGAUGUGUCGCCCAAUGAACAACAACGCCGGGAAGCUCUUCCACUACAGGAUCACCGUGUCCCCUCCCACCAACUUCCUGACGGACAGACCCACGGUGAUCGAGUACGACGACCACGAGUACCUGUUCGAAGGCUUCUCCCUGUUCUCCCACACGCCGCUCACAAACAUUCCUCUGUGCCGAGUGAUUCGUUUCAACAUAGACUACACCAUUCACUUCAUCGAGGAAAUGACACCAGAGAACUACUGUGUGCGCGGCCUGGAGCUCUUCUCCUCCUACCUGUUUAAGGACGUCCUGGAGCUGUACGACUGGAACCUGACGGGUCCGGAGGCAGACGUUGAUUCUCCCGGCUGCCAGAAGUUCCACUUCAUGCCUCGUUUCGUCCGGUUCCUGCCUGGGCCAGACUCGGGCUCUAACCCUGGAUGGAUCUCCCCGUUCCCCCCCGGGCAGGAGGCCCUGCAGAAGAUCCGGCAGAAGAACACGAUGAGGCGGGAGGUGACCGUGGAGCUCAGCAGCCAGGGCUUCUGGAAGACGGGCAUCCGCUCCGACGUGUGCCAGCACGCCAUGAUGCUGCCUGUUCUCACCCACCACAUCCGCUACCACCAGUGUCUCAUGCACCUGGACAGGCUCAUCGGAUAUGUGUUCAAAGAGCGCUGUCUGCUGCAGCUGGCCAUGACCCACCCCAGCCACCACCUGAACUUCGGCAUGAACCCGGACCACGCCCGAAACUCGCUGUCCAACUGCGGCAUCCGUCAGCCCAAGUACGGCGACCGCAAGGUGCACCACAUGUACAUGAGGAAGAAAGGAAUUAACACCUUGAUCAACAUCAUGUCUCGUCUGGGACAGGACGACCCGUCUCCUUCCAGGAUCAACCACAACGAGAGGCUGGAGUUCCUCGGGGACGCUGUGGUGGAGUUUCUCACCAGUGUACACCUGUACUACCUGUUCCCCUGCCUGGAGGAGGGGGGGCUCGCCACAUACCGAACCGCCAUCGUCCAGAACCAGCACCUCGCCAUGCUGGCCAAGAAGUUGGAGCUGGACCGGUUCAUGCUGUACGCCCAUGGCCCUGAUCUGUGCAGGGAGUCAGACCUGCGACACGCCAUGGCCAACUGCUUCGAGGCCCUGAUAGGUGCUGUGUAUUUGGAGGGAGGACUGGAGGAGGCUAAGCAGCUCUUUGGGAGGCUGCUGUUUAACGGUGAGGACAUGAGGGAGGUCUGGCUGAACUACCCGCCCCAUCCUCUGCAGGUGCAGGAGCCCACCACAGACAGGCAGCUGAUAGAGACGUCCCCGGUGCUGCAGAAGCUGACGGACUUUGAGGACACCAUCGGGGUUCUGUUCACUCACGUGCGCCUGCUGGCACGAGCCUUCACACUGCGCACUGUGGGCUUCAACCACCUCACCCUGGGACACAACCAGAGGAUGGAGUUCCUGGGAGACUCCAUCAUGCAGCUGGUGGCCACGGAGUACUUGUUCAUCCAUUUUCCGGACCACCACGAAGGCCACUUAACGCUGUUGAGGAGCUCCUUGGUGAAUAACCGCACGCAGGCCAAAGUGGCAGAGGAGCUGGGCAUGCAGGAGUUCGCCAUCACCAACGACAAGACCAAGCGCCCCGUCGCCCUGAGGACCAAGACCCUGGCCGACCUGCUGGAGUCAUUCAUUGCGGCUCUGUACAUCGAUAAGGACCUGGAGUACGUGCACACCUUCAUGAAUGUCUGUUUCUUCCCUCGGUUAAAGGAGUUCAUCCUGAAUCAGGACUGGAACGACCCAAAGUCCCAGCUGCAGCAGUGCUGCCUCACCCUGAGGACCGAGGGCAAGGAACCAGACAUCCCCCUAUACAAGACGCUGCAGACCGUGGGUCCGUCUCACGCCAGGACGUACACGGUGGCCGUGUACUUCAAGGGGACGCGCAUCGGCUGUGGGAAAGGGCCCAGCAUUCAACAAGCGGAAAUGGGAGCGGCGAUGGAUGCACUCCAGAAAUAUAACUUCCCGCAGAUGGCCCAUCAGAAGCGCUUCAUCGAGCGGAAGUACCGGCAGGAGCUGAGAGAGAUGCGCAGAGAGCGGGAGAGGCAGGAGAAGGAGAGCGAUGAUGCGGAGGACGGCAGGAAGUGACCCGUCCGACCCAUGACCUCUGACCUCUGGGUGGUGGCUGGCUCAUACUCGCUCAUUGGAACCGAUCAUCGCUGUGUUCUGUAGUACUGAGCAAAUUAUUUUGAUUGGUUGAAAUGAGUGAUGGGCAAAUAGUUGUAGCUCAACCCAUGAUGAAACGCACUCUGCCAGCUCGACUUUGGCCUGUCUUUGUGGAGUGGGGGGGGGUGGGAUUGG